AUGGGAGUUGAAUGGAUUGCUGCAGUCUCCUUAGCUGCUGGAGCAGCUGCCAUUGGGUAUUUAGCUUACAAAAAAUUGCUCUGUAAAGACAAGUGCUGCAAAGCAAUGGUGAAUCCACAUAUCCAGAAGGAUAACCCCAAGGUAGUCCAUGCAUUUGAUAUGGAAGAUUUAGGAGACAAGGCUGUGUACUGUCGUUGUUGGAGAUCUAAGAAGUUCCCACUGUGUGAUGGCUCUCACACUAAGCACAACGAGGAAACUGGUGACAACGUUGGGCCUCUGAUCAUCAAAAGGAAGGAGGCAUAGAGCAUACAAUAGAAGCUACAAAAUGAAUAUCUGACAAAUCCUCUGCUCACUUGUAACUGGGGGAAGAAUCACAAAUUCUUUGUCAUGUCACUGAAAACUUUCCAGUGCAGUAUCUACAUGAGGCUUCAGCAUGUGUAUUCUCUCUGGUGCUUGUCUUGUUUUAAUCACUACAAUGCAUAAUUUA